AUCCAUCACAGACCACCACACCAACAACAGACUACGGAGGACCGCCGCCGCCCACGCAAAAACCCACCCGAUCCCCGCAAAAACCCCCGCACGCGAUCCACGCCAAUUCCAGUCACCGCGAUGCAGGGUCUCGCCCCGCCCACCUCUGUUUCCAUACACCGGCACCUGCCGGCCCGGUCCAGGGCCCGGGCCUCCAAUUCCGUCAGGUUCUCGCCGCGCGCCGUCAGCUCCGUGCCGCCCGCCGAGUGCCUCCAAGCGCCGUUCCACAAGCCCGUCGCCGACCUGCCGGCGCCGUCCAGGAAGCCCGCCGCCAUUGCCGUCCCAGGGCACUCCGCGGCGCCGAGGAAAGCGGACGGCGGCAAGAAGCAGCUCAACUUGUUCCAGCGCGCCGCGGCGGCCGCGCUCGACGCGUUCGAGGAAGGGUUCGUGGCCAACGUCCUGGAGCGGCCCCACGGGCUGCCCAGCACGGCCGACCCGGCCGUGCAGAUCGCCGGCAACUUCGCGCCCGUCGGGGAGAGCCCGCCCGUGCACGAGCUCCCCGUCUCCGGCCGCAUCCCGCCCUUCAUCGACGGGGUCUACGCGCGCAACGGCGCCAACCCCUGCUUCGACCCCGUCGCCGGGCACCACCUCUUCGACGGCGACGGCAUGGUGCACGCGCUGCGGAUACGCAACGGCGCCGCCGAGUCCUACGCCUGCCGCUUCACGGAGACCGCGCGCCUGCGCCAGGAGCGCGCGAUCGGCCGCCCCGUCUUCCCCAAGGCCAUUGGCGAGCUGCACGGGCACUCCGGGAUCGCGCGCCUCGCCCUGUUCUACGCGCGCGCCGCGUGCGGCCUCGUGGACCCCUCGGCCGGCACCGGCGUGGCCAACGCCGGCCUCGUCUACUUCAACGGCCGCCUGCUCGCCAUGUCCGAGGACGACCUCCCCUACCACGUCCGCGUGGCGGACGACGGCGACCUCGAGACCGUCGGCCGCUACGACUUCGACGGGCAGCUCGGCUGCGCCAUGAUCGCGCACCCCAAGCUGGACCCGGCCACCGGGGAGCUCCACGCGCUCAGCUACGACGUCAUCAAGAGGCCGUACCUCAAGUACUUCUACUUCAGGCCCGACGGCACCAAGUCCGACGACGUGGAGAUCCCGCUGGAGCAGCCUACGAUGAUCCACGACUUCGCCAUCACCGAGAACUUCGUGGUUGUGCCCGACCACCAGGUGGUGUUCAAGCUCCAGGAGAUGCUGCGCGGCGGGUCGCCCGUGGUGCUGGACAAGGAGAAGACGUCGCGGUUCGGCGUGCUCCCCAAGCACGCCGCGGACGCGUCGGAGAUGGCGUGGGUGGACGUGCCGGACUGCUUCUGCUUCCACCUGUGGAACGCGUGGGAGGACGAGGCGACGGGCGAGGUGGUGGUGAUCGGCUCCUGCAUGACCCCCGCCGACUCCAUCUUCAACGAGUCCGACGAGCGCCUGGAGAGCGUGCUGACGGAGAUCCGCCUGGACGCGCGCACGGGCCGGUCCACGCGCCGCGCCGUCCUGCCGCCGUCGCAGCAGGUGAACCUGGAGGUGGGCAUGGUGAACCGCAACCUGCUGGGCCGCGAGACCCGGUACGCGUACCUCGCGGUGGCGGAGCCGUGGCCCAAGGUGUCGGGCUUCGCCAAGGUGGACCUGUCCACGGGCGAGCUCACCAAGUUCGAGUACGGCGAGGGCCGGUUCGGCGGCGAGCCAUGCUUCGUGCCCAUGGACCCGGCCGCGGCCCACCCGCGCGGCGAGGACGACGGGUACGUGCUCACCUUCGUCCACGACGAGCGCGCCGGCACGUCGGAGCUACUUGUGGUCAAUGCCGCCGACAUGCGGCUGGAGGCCACGGUCCAGCUGCCGUCCCGCGUGCCCUUCGGCUUCCACGGCACCUUCAUCACGGGCCAGGAGCUCGAGGCCCAGGCGGCCUGACCGAGCUCCACGUUUCUCGGAGGAGGAACAGAGGAGCCAGCCAUGGAUCAGGGGAGAAGUCACCAGAGGGAGCCCAGAUCAGUUCCCCGGGGUCUUCCUGUCCCCCCACGCACACCAGAGUUACAGUUGGUAGUUGCUUUGCUUUGCCUUUUUUUUUUCAUUAUUUCAUUUGACACUAGUGUAAGUAAAUUGGGAUAGUGGCAGCUUAGAGAGAGAGAGAGAGAUUAGUAGAAAGGCGCCCAGCUCGUAGCUUUUCAGCUGGUGGUGCCUCUGGCUAGUAUAGAGUACAUAUUUUUUCUUCUUCUUCUUUGCUUUAUCCCUUUUUUUUUCUCCCUUUGGAUGACAUGGAUGUGCAUCCAGCUCCAGUUGUUGUCACCCAGUCCAGUGGACUGGGGUGUCUGGGAUCUUGGUUGCUGCUACUUGCUCGCCAUUGCCACCCAGUUGCUGCCGCUGCUGCUGAGGUGUUGCUGGCUUGGCUUAUAUACUCUGUGUUCCCUGUGGCUAUCGGUGCGUGUACAUUUGUUCACAGUAUAUGACUGAUGGUAUGAAAACAAGAACCGGUGACGGUUUCUG